UUCAGCGGUCGCGUUCCCCGGCUACGCCUAGGUGAGAAAUGCGGUUCUGAAUCAAAGACGUGCGCCGAUCCUGUGCCUAUCCACACGAACAGGUUGCUCACAGAAGGGGUGGUCCCUUCGCUACGUGCAUUACGUUACGAUAAGUGCGCUCGUGAACACAGACGGGACUCGUGCACGAGGACGGACGGGUGUGCGCGCGUGUCUCUUAUGUGUAUGCGUGUACAGUGUUUAGACGAUCAAGGAUAUAUUCCUUCGGAAGGACGGCCUGACACGGAAAGACGGAAGGAAGGAAGGAAGAGGAGGGUAGCAGGGUAGCAAGAUGGCGGGGUCCUUAACGUGGUCGUGUACUUGUUGCCUGCGGUUCAAGUUCAGCCCCGAGGAGAUCGAGCAGCGUUACAAAAGUCAGGAGAUCGAUCGGAUGCUGGAGAAGGAUCGCCAGGCUCUCCGACGACAGGUCAAGCUGCUGCUCCUCGGGGCGGGCGAGAGCGGAAAGUCGACAUUCCUUAAACAGAUGCGAAUUAUUCACGGAAUUAAAUUCGAGCCUGAACUGAUCAAAGAGUACCAACAUGUAAUUUAUCAAAAUAUAAUUAAAGGAAUGAAGGUUUUGGUGGAUGCUCGUGACAAGUUAAAUAUUCCAUGGGAAAACCCCAAAAACUAUGAUAUUGGUUAUCAAUUACUGAAAUUUGAAAAUACUAUGGUAUUAGAUGCUAGGUUGUUUCUUCAUUAUGUGCCAGCUUUACAAAGUUUAUGGAAAGAUGCAUCAAUCAGAAAAGCCUUUGAUAGACGGAGAGAAUUUCAAUUAAGUGAUUCAGUUCAAUAUUUCUUGGACAAUCUUGAUAGGAUUGCAAGAAUGGAUUAUGUACCAACACAUCAAGAUAUUUUACACUGUAGAAAAGCUACAAAAGGAAUUUCAGAAUUUGUCAUUCAAAUUAAUAAUAUCCCAUUCUUGUUUGUCGAUGUUGGAGGGCAGAGAUCUCAAAGACAAAAGUGGUACCAAUGUUUCGAUUGUGUUACUUCUAUACUAUUUCUCGUGUCAUCAUCUGAAUUUGAUCAAGUAUUGUUAGAAGACAGGAAAACCAAUCGAUUGGAAGAAUCGAGAAAUAUCUUUGAUACGAUAGUGAAUAAUAUGAUAUUUGGUGGUGUGUCUAUCAUCUUGUUUUUGAAUAAAACUGAUUUGUUAGACAAAAAAGUGAGAUCACCUGACACAAAUGUUCGCUGGUACUUUCCUCAAUUCGCAGGAGAUUCACAUUCCAUGAAGGAUGUGCAGAAUUUUAUAUUGGAAAUGUUUAUAUCUGUCAAAAGGGACCCAAGAAAACCCCUCUUUCAUCACUUUACUACUGCGGUGGAUACAGAGAACAUAAAAGUUGUAUUCAAUGCUGUCAAAGAUACAAUAUUGCAUAGAAACUUGGAAUCUCUGAUGCUUCAAUAAUGAUAGAUGUAUAUAAAAAGUGAAACUACUUCCGAU